AUGUCCGGCAUCGAAAUCGCAGGUCUAGUCUUCGGUGUUGUGCCCAUUGUUGUCGAGAUUCUGAAGUCUUACGGCACAGCCAAGCGGAGAUUGGCGACCUUCUCACGACACGCAGAAGUUGCGUACGACAUCCAGCUGAAAUUCGAAGUAGCAGCAGCGAACUUUAGCAACGAAUGCCGCCUUCUGCUGCAGUCUACCAUCGCCCAUCCGAGCGAUGUCUCUGAGAUGAUGGAGAACCCGACCCACGAGAGCUGGCAGGAACAAGGGAAGGAGAUCGAGCAGCGACUGCGAAACUUGAUGCAGCAAGAUUACCAGCUAUGCCAGGAUAUAGUGACGCGAUUACGCGAUAUCCUUCGCGAGACACGAAACAGCCUGUCCAAGCUCGAGAACGGCCUGGGCAACGCGAAACAGUCCCAACACGAGUUCGCACGAAAGCUCUGGAAUGCCUUCAACACAGCUCGCAAGGAGAAUGAAUACCUCCAACAGCUCGAUUCGUUGGAUAAGUGGAACAAGUCGCUGGGCAAGUUGUGUAAACAGAGGCGCAAGAUGCAGAAGCGUCGCAAUGUUCCUUCGGCUUGCAUCAUCCGCAAAGCCGUGCCAAGGAGCUACCAGCAGAUCCGCGUCGCCUCACAACAAUUGGGAGAGUCGAUCCAUGACUCCUGGUCUUGCACGAACACCUCGCACAGUGGACAUCAGGCCAAGCUAUCGCUGGACGCCAAAAGUGAGCAUGACAGUGUGCAACUUGAUGUUGUGAUUGCUUGCCAGCCAAAACCGAACACCGCGAUCCAAAGCGGGACUAACGAUGCAUCGCGCGUCGAAACCCAGGCACCGCCCAUCAAAGCCAAAUCAAAGAAGAGAGUGCGAACUAGCGAUGCCAAAGACAACGUCAGGUCUGUUCGAACGCCCGCAUCAAGCAGCACGGUAACAACACAAGCUCAGUCCUUCGUCAUGUUAGACCUAAAGACAACCAAAAGCGUAUGCUGCCAUGCGACGAGGGUGCGCUCGUCUUCAUCAGCAUGCCAAGAUGGUUGUGUGGGAUUUCUCGAAGUCGCGAAGAGUCAGCCAACAACCCGCUUCAUGUUCUACGAUGCCAGCAAACUUGCAACCAAUGAUGUUUUUGCUUGCACCAGGCGACAAGGAGCAUUGCCCAUCAAAGGGCUUGUCGACCGCUUUCAGAUGUUGCAAAAGAUCACGCUUGCUCACAAGCUGGCCGAAGCUGUUCUCCAAUAUCACUCAACCUUUUGGUUGCCGCAGGCAUGGACUCUGCAGGAUGUAGCGUACUUCACGAGCCCAUCUCAUGCGGAUGCGAGCAACAUGACCAAUGCACUGGACAGCUUACAUCUGAGCAAUCGCUUCCCAGACCACGCGCCGUUGAACACUGAGUCACAGCAAAAGAUGCUUGAUCUUAAGCAUAACUUCGGCAUUCGUAACCUCACCCUGGCUAAGCUCGGCGUCGCGUUGCUAGACAUCUGCGCCCAGUCGAUUAUCAUGGCACCGGGGCUAGAUGGUACACCCCAGCCAUGUGACAUCAUCGAAGCAAGGAAGCUGCUUGACGAACAACAGCGUUCGAUCACGACGCUAGGGCCUCGCUACCUGGAGGUUGUGCGCAAAUGUCUGUAUUGCGACUUCUCGUGUAACGAUGACCUCCAUGGCGAAGCACUCCAGAGUGCAGUAUACACCGAGGUUGUGUGUACUUUACAGGACAUGGAAACCCAGUGGAAGAAGGUGUUCGGUUUAUGA